AUGAACAAGACCCCCGCCAACCAGUGGCGUAGAAAACGGGCACACUUGUUGCCCCCCGCGGCGCUAUCUCAGAAAGGUGGCCCCACCCCGGGCGGCGGUGCCCCCUGGCACCUUCGAAAUGUCCUCAGCGACUCAGUGGAGAGCUCGGAUGAUGAAUUCUUUGAUGCAAGAGAGGAGGUGGCUGAAGGGAAGAAUGCCAUCCUCAUCGGGAUGAGCCAGUGGAAUUCGAAUGACCUGGUGGAGCAGAUGGAGACCAUGGGCAAACUGGAGGAGCAUCAAGGAGAAGGGAGCGCGCCCUGCACGUCCAGCGUCCUGCAGGAGAAGCAAAGAGAGCUGUACCGGGUCUCCUUGAGAAGACAGAAGUUCCCGGCCCAAGGAAGCAUUGAGAUCCACGAAGACAGUGAGGAAGUCUUCUCCCAGCGCUCCUGCAAGACGCAAGUGCUCCUGCUGGUGCUGCACGGGGGGAACGUCCUGGACACGGGCUCGGGGGACCCCUCCUGCAAGGCAGCCGACAUCCACACGUUCAGCUCCGUGCUGGAGAAGGUCACACGCGCCCACUUCCCCGCGGCCCUGGGCCACAUCCUCAUCAAGUUUGUCCCCUGUCCUGCCAUCUGCUCCGAGGCCUUCUCGCUGGUCUCCAACCUCAAUCCCUACAGCCACGAUGAGGGCUGUCUCAGCAACAGCCAGGACCACGUCCCUCUGGCCGUGCUGCCCCUGUUGGCCAUCUCCUCCCCACAGUACCAGGAUGCGGUUGCCACCGUCAUCGAGCAGGCCAACCAGGUCUACGCAGAGUUCCUCAAGUCCCCGGACGGCAUUGGCUUCAGUGGGCAGGUGUGUCUCAUCGGGGACUGUGUGGGGGGCCUCCUGGCCUUUGAUGCCAUCUGCUACAGUGCGGGACCCUCGGGCGACAGCCCUGGCAGCAGCAGCCGGAAGGGGAGCAUCAGCAGCACGCAGGACACCCCGGGGGUGGAGGAGGAGUGCAGUCUGGCCAGCAGCAAGCGGCUCAGCAAAAGCAGCAUUGACAUCUCCAGCGUGUUGGAGGAUGAGGAGCCCAAGAGGCCGUUGCCACGGAAACAGAGCGAUUCCUCCACCUAUGACUGCGAGGCCAUCACCCAGCAUCAUGCCUUCCUAUCAAGCAUCCACUCGAGCAUGCUGAAGGACGAGGCCGAGCCCCCUGCGGUCAGCCUGGGCCGCUUGGACUUUGAUGUGUCUGACUUCUUCCUCUUCGGCUCACCCCUGGGCCUGGUCCUGGCCAUGCGGAGGACGGUGCUGCCCGCGCUGGACGGACUCCAGGUGCGUCCGGCCUGCAGCCAGGUCUACAGCUUCUUCCACUGCGCAGACCCUUCCGCCUCCCGGCUUGAGCCGCUGCUGGAGCCCAAGUUCCACCUGGUGCCGCCCGUCAGCGUGCCCCGCUACCAAAGGUUCCCGCUGGGCGAUGGACAGUCCCUCCUCCUCGCGGAUGCCCUGCAUACCCACAGCGCCCUCUUCCUGGAGGGCAGCUCCCAGGGAAGCCCGCCGAUGGUGGACGCCCCCGCCUCACCCCUUCAGGCCCCGCAGUCCCAGCGCCCGGGGCGGAGGAUGAGCCAGGGCAGCUCCCACAGUGAGAGCUCCGAGUCCUCAGACAGCCUGGCACCCGUCGGCGCCUCCUGCAUCACGGCCAAGUGGUGGGGUGCCAAGCGCAUCGACUACGCCCUGUACUGCCCCGAGGUCCUCACUGCCUUCCCCACUGUGGCGCUGCCCCACCUCUUCCACGCCAGCUACUGGGAGUCCACGGAUGUGGUGGCCUUCAUCCUGAGACAGGUGAUGCGCUAUGAGAGUGUGACCAUCAAGGAGAGUGACGGCUUGGAUCCUGCCACCCUGAGCCCCGCUAACCCCCGAGAGAAGUGGCUUCGUAAGAGGACCCAGGUCAAGCUGCGGAACGUCACUGCCAACCACCGGGCCAACGACGUGAUUGCCGCCGAAGACGGCCCCCAGGUCCUGGUGGGACGGUUCAUGUACGGGCCCCUGGACAUGGUGGCUCUGACGGGAGAGAAGGUGGACAUCCUGGUGAUGGCGGAGCCGUCCUCCGGCCGCUGGGUGCACCUGGACACGGAGAUCACCAACAGCAGCGGCCGGAUCACCUACAGCGUGCCGAGGCCCCGGCGCCUGGGGGUGGGCGUGUACCCCGUGAAGAUGGUGGUCAGGGGCGACCAGACCUGUGCGAUGAGCUACCUCACGGUGCUGCCCCGUGGCAUGGAGUGCGUGGUAUUCAGCAUCGACGGGUCCUUUGCCGCCAGCGUGUCCAUCAUGGGAAGUGACCCCAAGGUCCGGCCGGGGGCAGUGGACGUUGUCCGGCACUGGCAAGACCUGGGCUACAUGAUCCUCUACAUCACGGGGCGGCCGGACAUGCAGAAGCAGCGGGUGGUUUCCUGGCUCUCCCAGCACAACUUCCCACAGGGCAUGAUCUUCUUCUCCGACGGGCUGGUGCACGACCCGCUGCGGCAGAAGGCCAUCUUCCUCCGCAACCUCGUGCAGGAGUGCUUCAUCAAGAUCAGCGCUGCCUAUGGCUCCACGAAGGACAUCUCCGUCUACAGCGUGCUGGGCCUGCCGCCCUCCCAGAUCUUCAUUGUGGGCCGGCCCACCAAGAAGUACCAAACCCAGUGCCAGUUCCUGAGCGAGGGCUACGCCGCCCACCUGGCCGCCCUGGAGACCAGCCACCGCGCGCGCCCCAAGAAGAACAACUCGCGGAUGGUCCUGCGCAAGGGCAGCUUCGGCCUCCACGCGCAGCCCGACUUCCUCCGCAAGCGCAACCACCUGCGCAGGACCAUGUCGGUGCAGCAGCCCGACCCGCCCGCCAACCCCCACCCUGAGCGCGCCCAGAGCCAGCCCGAGUCCGACAAGGACCACGAGCGGCCCCUGUCCGCGCUCAGCUGGGCGCGCGGGACCCCCAAGUUCGAGUCGGUGCCCUGAGGGUGGGCUGUGCGCGGAGCAGGGGGCCCCUACCCAGCUGCCUGCGGGGACGGGAGUGGCCGCCUCCUCCCGGACACAGGCCCUUUCUUGCUUUUUCCCUCCCGUGUCUGUCCAGUAGUGUCUGACCACAGGGGGGAGGGGCCCUACCCAGCCUUGGGGGGCUCCCUCGGCUGCCAGGGGGUGAGAGCCCCGGUCUCAGUGCAGCCACUGCUGCCUCCCCGGUGCCUGCGGCUUCAAGCCCUAAUUGGGGUUGAUGUCUGUGAGGUGGGUGCAGGCCUGUCCGGAGCUGGAGUGUUGGGCAAAGGCGACCAUCUUUCCGGGUCCUCCGGGCUUCCAAGGUCAUGCGAGGCAGGCCCGGAAGGGAGAAGCCCCCAGACCGGGGAUCCUGGGCCGCUGGCAGAGGAGAGGCGAGUGGCAUUGGUGCCUGAUAUACCGAGUCACCACCUUGGGCCUGGCUCUCCUAUGGCAAAGCGACCACUUUCUGGGAGAGAGAGGGUGCCCCCUGGGCCAAGCUAUGUUCAGGUGUCUGUCCCCAGCCCUGGGGGGAGGGGUCUGGUGCUGACGGGCUGUCCUGCAGCUGUUCAAGUCCCGCCUUCUGUCCUCAGUACCUUCACCACUCUCCUGUGGCCCGGAGGGCAGUUGUUCCUCUUUCUGGAGUCCUGCCUGGUGCCGUCCCCUGUGAGGCUGCGCGGCCUUGGGCUCUGGCCUAGCUGGGCUGGCUGUGAGCCCUUGAGCCAGCUGCUUGCCCUCUCUGGGCUCUGCCUUCCUAUGUAAUUGCGGGAUCUCCCCAGCUGAGAUCGGAUGGGGGCACGUUUUGACUCCUAGGCUAUCCUGCACUUCUGCCCCAUGAGGCUUUCCAGGACCCGAGCUCCUCAGAGGGCUCAGGGAUCCAUCCUGUCCCCACAGUCAGAGAGCAGGACUCAGAGUGGGCGGGAGGGAGCAGCUAUUUUCCCACCACUUCGGAGACGCCCCUGGGGCUGGGGGAGAGGUCCCAGCUCCUUGGAGAGGUGGUUUUGUACUGAUGCCCACACCCACUGUCCCAGGAGCAGAGACACCGCCCCAGAGCGCAUGGAUCUGGCUCCUCCUCUCCAGUCUGAUUCCUCCCUUUUGGCUCCUGGAAGGUGUAGAGCUGAGAUCCCAGAGUUCUGGGGUAGUUCUGGCUCAAACUGUUGUAUUCCCCUUCCUCCCCUUUGCCACUCAGCUUGGUUUGGUGCCCAUAACUUCCUCCUGGAUCAUCCCCUGAGGUUGGUGGGACUUAGCUCUCCUGGGGCCCCUCGAAGCUUGUCCAGGCCCUCGUGCUGCUGGGCCCCUGGCCUGGGCACUGGUCUCCUGCAGCGCGGGCCCGGCUCUGAGCCCCUCGUGCUGUCACUGAGGCGGCCCAGUUCUCUGUGUCACGGGCCAGGCCGCCCCAGUGCCCGGACAGCUGCAUACACAGCAGGCACCUGUGUCAGCUCAGUGUCGCUUCUGCUCAAUGUCUACCUCUUGCAGUUCCCAUGUGGCCAGUGUCUUCCCCGAUGGCCAGCCGCUGCUGGUGGGGGCGGCUGGCACCACUGGCAGGCAAACAGGGCGCCCGACUGGGCUGAAGGGAUCAGGGAUCCCAGCCCCUAACCCUGCUCUCUCGACUAGAAAUGUGUCUUCUCCAGUCUGCCCGCUCCUGCCACCCCAGCCUGCCUGUCUGCCAGUUCUCUGCGUCCCUUCAGCCCUGCACCUGCAUUUCCGCAGCGCCGAGCAACUCCGCUGGGAAGGGGCGGUCACCCUAGGCUUCCUCUCUGGUCCUGCCUCCCGGCAGUUCACAUUCCUCCUUCACAGGACAUCUUUCUCGGUGUCCAUGAGGCACCAGCUCAUGUGGCUUAGCCACCUCAACCCUAAUCCUUCCCUUCCUUCCCAAAUAGCCCUGAACUCAACUUGGGCAGACUUAUUCUGAUUCUCUGAAACCCCAUCUCCUCUUUGCAGAAGGCACUGAUGUAUUACUCUCAAAUGAUAAAAUAAUUAGCGUGAGAUCCUCCGCCCCCCGCCCCCCACCCC